UCGUUACGUCAGGCUGUCUCGACCUCACCGCCUCCUACCAUCUCGGACAGAGGCGAUUGUCUGUCCUUUGAGGUGGUUGCAGCAGUCGGUCCUCAACCUCUCCUGGCCUCAGCGGGCGAGGCGGGCUCUGGCACCGGGUCUCGUCUGAAGCCCUCAAAGGCUCCUGGACCUCGGCGAGUUGAAGAGACAAGUGCGCACAUCACUGUGAGUGGCGGCGGCGGUGCCGCCUGGGCUAACUACGUCUUCAGUAUUCUGGCACCAUGACGCUGAGGCUCUUAGAAGACUGGUGCAGGGGGAUGGAUAUGAGCCCUCGGAAAGCACUGUUGGUUGCCGGCAUCCCUCUGACCUGCGGAGUGGCAGAAAUCGAGGAGGCCUUGCAGGCUGGCCUGGCACCCUUGGGGGAACACAGACUGCUGGGGAGGAUGUUCAGGAGGGAUGAGAACAAGAAUGUGGCCUUAGUAGGGCUUGCGGUAGAGACUACCAGUGCUCUGGUUCCCAAAGAGAUACCUGGAAAAGGAGGUGUCUGGAGAGUGAUCUUUAAGCCUCCUGAUGCUGAUAAUGAGUUUUUAUGCAAAUUAAAUGAGUUUUUAACGGGAGAGGGCAUGACGAUGGGCGAACUGACCAGAGUUCUUGGGAAUCGAAAUGACCCUCUCAGCUUAGCCCAGGGCAUGAUCCCUGUAAUACGAGCCCCCAUGCUGGCACAGGCAUUAGAUGCGGCCUUUAAGCCUACCCUGCAGUAUCUGAGGUACAAAAAGCUGGGUGUUUUCUCAGGCAGGAAUCCUCCAGGACCAGGUGAAGAAGAAUUUGAGUCUUGGAUGUUUCAUACUUCUCAGAUAAUGAAAACAUGGCAGGUGUCGGAUGUAGAGAAAAGAAGGCGGUUGAUAGAGAGCCUUAGAGGCCCAGCGUUUGAAAUUAUUCGAGCCCUCAAGAUAAACAAUCCUUUCAUUACAGUUGCUGAAUGCCUGGAGACUCUUGAGACAAUAUUUGGGGUUAUUGAUAAUCCUAGGUCACUGCAGGUCAAAUACCUUACUACUUACCAAAAGACGGAUGAAAAGCUGUCUGCCUAUGUUCUAAGGCUGGAGCCUUUGCUACAGAAAUUGGUACAGAAAGGAGUAAUUGAGAAAGAAGUUGUGAAUCAGGCCCGUCUAGACCAGAUUGUUGCUGGGGCAGUUCAGAAGACAGUCCGAAGAGAGCUUGGACUGCCAGAGGGUGGCCCAGCCCCAGGCUUACUGCAGUUACUGACGCUGAUAAAAGAAAAGGAGGCAGCAGAGGAGGAGGAGGAGGAAGAAGAGGACUUCUUCGGGCUGAAUUAGAAGGGUAUUCGACUUGACCCAAGACCAGCAAAGAUGUCAUGGGUAGACAAUGGAGCAAUUCAUGUCAGGGAUCAGCCCGUUCCCACCUCGUGCUGCCAAGUAACUAACCCUUUGUCAUGUUCACCCUAUCGAAUGUCUCCCCAGUGUAUUACCAGCAUGGACUUGUCAUUCUACACUGAUAAUUAUGUCAGUCAGAAGAUCAGUCGUUCUACUAGUGCAGUGUUCCAGACCAAACAAAGUUCACUUAAACGUGUAAUAGUCAUAUAUGACCAAGUUAGCAGUUUUAGUAGUUUUUGAGUAUUGUCACAUUUCUGGUAAAGACCCUGAGCCAAGGCUGGCUACAAUAUUUAGGGUUUCUUUUUCUUAAUAAAUCAGUUAUACUUUGCAACCAAAAAGUAAAAUUGAAUGCCGAGGUUAAGUCUGCAGCAGCUGUCUUUAAGUCUGUGCUGUGUCUGGCAUGUUGUCAAAGUAUCUGGUUCUCAAUGCCAUUUUCUUGGUGUUACUACAUUGAAUACAUAAAGGAAUGCUAAUAAUAAAA